AUGACCCUUCUUCGUAUCACUCCCAAUCGAGUUCACGCCGUGAUCCUGUACACGGUAAGCGGGCUUACCCUCCUUGUCGGGGCGUUGUUUGUCCUGGUCAGCAUUUUUGAGUGUACACCGGUCGACUUUUUCUGGAACCGUAUGACGAAAAGCGGCAAAUGUAUCGAUCCGAAUGCUCUGGUGGGAGUUGCAUAUCUGGGCAGCGCAGUGGCCGCCGCCACCGAUUUUACCCUGGGACUGUUACCAUGUGUCAUAGUCUGGAAUCUGCAGAUGAAUAGGCGAACGAAGAUUGCACUGGCGGGUAUUAUGGGCCUAGGCUGCAUUGCCGGUGCCACUGUCGUCGCUCGCAUACCGUACCUAUCCGCCUACAAACAUGCCGACUUUCUGCACGCUACCCACCCCGUGUCCGUAUGCUCGAAUAUAGAAACCGGCGUGGGGAUCACUGCCAGUUCUCUUGCAACUCUUCGCCCAAUCUUCCGCUUCCUCCGCGACACGAAAUCAGGCUCUCGCAGCCGCAAACGUCCCACUGAGAAUAGCUACCCAUUAUCAAACGUCACCAACGGCGGCCAGCGCCAUUGGGCCAGUAUAAAUAGCGGGUACCACACCACCAUUACUGGUCGCCAAGCGUCGAUGCAGAAUGUCAGCACAGAGAGCAUUACGCCGCUGAACCAAGGAAUGAAGAUUGAGCGUUCAUUCCAAGUCGACCAUGUUUAA